AUGUGCAACGUGUUGGGAGCAAAUUUUAACGUGGAAGGCGACUUUAAAUCUUACUUUUUGCAGCCAAUCACAAAAUUCCCUGUCUUUAUAUUUUUUGAUGCUUGCCAUAUGGUUAAAUUGAUAAGAAACUGCUUUGGGACAUUCAAAAUUCUGACUGAUGGAAAUGAAGAAACAAUCCAAUGGACCUUCUUAGAAAAGAUAGCUAAGUUGCAAGAAGAUACUGGAAUGCAUGCGGCAACAAAGUUGAGGAAAAAACAUCUCCAAUGGGUGAAUGAAAAGAUGAAAGUUGCAGAAGCAUUGGACUUUUUGAACAAAGAUCUGGCUAUGGCUGACUUCAAGCAUUCAGAAGCUACAGCAUAUUUUUGUAGAACAGUAAACAAUUUAUUUGAUGUUUUUAAUUCAAGGAAUAGGAUGUCAACAAAAACCUUAUGA